AUGACAGAACCUGUGGUAAAUCCCCAAGAAUGGUUUGCCUGUGCCGGGAGGAUGGCGCAGGUGCCCUCAGUCGGAUCAAAAGUUUUUUAUUACCCUCAAGGGCACGCCGAGCACGUUUGUGCUCUAGAUCGGGCGAUUGAAGGAGUUCCAACUAUGAUUUGUUGUCGAGUGUUAGCUGUGCGAUUCCAUGCAAAUUCCGUCACUGAUGAAGUGUAUGCAGCACUUGAAUUGGUUAGGUGCGAUGAGUCAGAAGUGGAAAAUACAAACAUCAAUGCUGCUCAUGUCCAAGAAGGACCUUUGUCUGUGAGAGUGUUAACAUCUUCUGACAUUUCCGAUAGCCUCAGUGUCCUAGAUGACUGUGUGGAAAAUAUUUUUCCUAGAAUAAAUUCACCGUAUAAUCAUGGAUCUCAAGUGAUCAGCGCUAAAGACAUCCAUGGGACUAUCUGGUGGUUUCAGCAUAUGCAGAUGUUAAACAGAAGGGUGAAUAUUCUAUCUCAAGGAUGGAAAAUGUACGUGGCUCUCAAGAAGCUUGUUGCAGGAGAUGUACACGUUUUCAUGAAGGUAAAAGAUGCUGAUCCCUUUAUAGGGAUUGCAAAGAAAGUUUGGAGGUAUGAGAGGGCUGCACCUACUACUCGAGUAAUGUUAAAUGCAACAAGAGGGGAUCCUUUUGUGGUAAGGUAUUAUCCAAGGGCUUCAAGUCCUCAAUUCUUUGUUGACAUGUCAGUUGUGCGCAAGGCAAUGCGAUUUCAGUGGCAGCCCAAUAUGAAAUUCCAGAAGUGA